AUGGCCGGCCUCAACGACGUGCCCUUCAUCAAGGGCCUUGCCGUGCCCUCUGUUUGUUCUCUUAUAAUCUUUCUCGCCUACUUCUCCCAAUUCCUAUUCCAUUACUCGACCACUCUCGAACCCGGUCCUCCCUCACGUCGCGAAACUAUCACCUUCAACAGCCUCCUCCUUAUCUUAUGGAUAACCUACUACCGCGCCGUUACCACCGAUCCGGGCCGUUAUAUAUUUAAAGACCGUGUUAUUGAGGCCGAUGGUCAGCGCUGGUGUAACAAAUGUGCGGCUCCCAAGCCUCCCAGGGCGCAUCAUUGUCGCCAUUGUGCGAGAUGCGUGCCCAAGAUGGACCAUCACUGUCCCUGGACGAGGAACUGCGUAUCUAUGACCACGUUUCCGCAUUUUAUGCGCUUCCUCGUCUACACGAACAUGUCGUUGUGGAUGCUGGGUUACUUCCUAUGGCAGCGCUUCGCUAAAAUAUGGGAACACCGUCGUCUGCCGGCCUAUUUGGGCCCCAGUCUCUCUGGACUAAUCUGCCUGUCUCUUAUUGCCAUCGUCAACUUUGUUACUACUGUGGCUUUGGGCAUCAUGCUCAUUAACACUGUUAGAUCAUGGGUCUUCAACCAAACCAUGAUCGAGGGCUGGGAGCAAGAGCGUCAUGAGGCUCUGAUGGAUAAGGGCCCUAAGGAGUGGUGGGAUAUAAUGGGUCCUGAUGGCGAGAAAGUUCGAUUCGAGAGACUUGAGUUUCCUUACGAUAUCGGUUUCUUUUCCAACAUGGCUCAAGCGAUGGGCACCCGUAACGUCCUCUGGUGGUUCUUCCCCUUUGCUGGGAAUCCUACCAUCGCUAAGGACGGUGAAGGCUCGGGCUGGACAUGGGAAGAGAACGGCUUUAACCGCAUCGAAGGUCUUUGGCCACCACCGGACCCAGACAAGCUCCGUAGAGCUGCGCGAGGCUGGCCUGCUGGAAACCGCAACUACGCUGAGGAAUUGCGCCAAGUAAACAUGAGCUCCAGCGAGUACAAGGCCGAGUUUCUCAAGCGCCAGGCCGACGAUGAGAAGCGCAAGAGACACCUUAUGGCGGAGCUAGAAGAAGUUGACGAUUUCGACAUGUACGAUGAUGAAGAGUAUGAUCGCGAUUUUAACGAAGGACUUGGAUGGGUAAACUCGGACGGCGAUCGGCUACGAGACUAUGGCGUUGAUGAAGAGGAGUCGGCAGCUGAAGAAGCAGACGACGAUGUGCCAUUAGCCGAGCUGAUACGACGAAGAAAGGUGCUACAAAAGGACGGUUCAGAAGAUUAA